CUCGGAUAAACAAGACGCACAGCAGGAAGUAGUUCAUGAAGUGUGUCAGCAGUUUAACUCAAGAUAAGAGUUGGAGAACUAUUGGUCAGUUUGUUAAGAGGUGUUACGGUCGUCACUAUGAAGAGAGCUCCGUCCUCUCUGGAGUUCAGCCUCGCCGGCGUGUCUUUACUGCUACUCGCCUGCUGCGUCGGACUGAUUGUAGUUUCGUGGUUUAGCCUCAAGCUGGAAGGUUCCGUGACAACGACAGUGCUGACCGGUCGAAUGUUGAUCACAGAGGGAGCUGUUUUCUCAGAUGAACUGAAAAACUCCAGCAGUCUGAGGUUUAAAUCUUUGGCUUACGAUGUCCAACAGCAGGUAUCGAAGGCGUUCACUCACAGUGAUCUCGCACUGGUUUUCAAGUCGUGUGAGGUUUUGUACUUCAGCCUGGGAAGUGUGGUGGUGAACUUUGACCUUUCAUUCAACCAGCUGAUUGAUGUGAAGGACGCAGAGCAGCAGCUGUGGGCUGGGCUUCAGGAGAGUGGAGCCGUAGAAUUGGUGAUUGACAGGGACAGCAUCUGGAUCACAGAGAAACAAACCGAGACAACGGCUGAAACAACAAGUAUCUCCCCUCCAACAGAACUGUGUCCUCCUGAUCACACAACGUGUGCCAAUCAAUCAAUGUGUGUCCUGAUCGAUCGGCUCUGUGACGGAGUCCAAGACUGUCCAGAUGCUUCAGAUGAGGACGCAACUCUGUGUGCAACCGCGUGUGAUGGGCAGUUUGUUCUCAGCGGUCUGAAUGGUUCUUUUUGUUCAUCAAAUGUCUCCAUAACGCACAACACCAAAGGUUUCUGUCGCUGGAUCGUCAGGUUAAAUCCAGGAUUAUCUGUUGAGAUCAAAUUUCAUCACUUUGAAGCAGAAGAAAAUAUUAACGUUCUGAAACUCUACGAAAACAUUGGAGCAGAAAAACAGCUGAGAGCUGAGCUCUCAGGCUCCACCCCCCCACAGACUGUGUGGCUUCUGACCGACCAAUCAACUGUAGAGUUUAUCUCUGAUGACGUCAACAAUCUCUCCGGGUUCAAAGCCUCAUACAGAGCCGCUAACCUCUCCAACCUCUCUAACCAGGAGAAGCUGACCUGUACUUUUGAGCGGGGCAUGUGUUUCUGGAGGCAGCAGCAGGACGAGGAUGAUGGAGACUGGAUCCGAACCAGCAUUUCCACCUUUCCUCCACUGAGCGGGCCGAGUGUUGACCACACGCUAAACAACAGCUCCGGGUUCUACAUGGUCACUCCUCUAAGUCCCGGCCAAUGGCUUAAGAGCUUCAGGAUGCACAGCCUUCGUCUCUCUGCUCAACCUCAGCUCAUGUGUCUGAGCUUCUGGUACCACAUGUUCGGAGAGGACGUCCACCGUCUCAGGGUAUUGUUGUCUGGACCUCCUGUAAUUGUGGUGAUGCAAAAAGAUGGUAACUAUGGUGACAACUGGAACUACGGCCAGGUGACCCUCAACCUGACAACAGAGACAGUGGUUGUGUUUGAAGGGCUCAAAAAAGGAGGGCUGAGGAACGACAUUGCUAUAGAUGACAUCACACUGACCUCUAAUCCUUGUGGUCCAGGCCCCCCAGAACCAACCAAUGUACCUCCUCCAACAACCGCCCCCCCAAUACCAGCUGACUGUGGAGGACCCUUUGACCUCUGGGAGCCAAACUCUACCUUCAGCUCACCAAAUUAUCCACAGUCCUACGGGGACAUGGCUCAUUGUGUGUGGACUCUGCACACCCUCGAGGGUCGAAACAUACAGCUCAACUUCCUCGACUUUGAUGUUGAAUCAACCUAUGACAUUGUUGAGGUGCGAAAUGGGGCGGGGCCAAACUCCUACCUACUUGCUGUCCUCACUGGGGGCACAGGCCCGGCCCACGAGUUGUUCUCAACAACCAAUCAGAUGACAGUCCGGUUCUUUACAGACAUCUCAGGUAGCGGCCGGGGAUUCAGAGCCAACUUCACCUCGGGGAUCAACCUGGGGUCACCAGCUGCGUGUGCAGUCAGUCAGUUCCAGUGUUGGACAGGACAUUGUAUCCAUGGUAACGCUAAAUGUGACGGUGAGGUCGACUGUCCCGACGGCUCUGAUGAGGCAGAGUGCGUUGUGUGGCAGGUGAACAGUUCGAGACGUCUCCAGUUUCAACUUAUUUCCUCACUGCUCACAGUAUGUGCUGACACCUGGAACCCUCACCUAUCUGUCUUCACCUGUCAGUACCUGGGAUACAGUUCGGGUGAAUCCAGACUCCUGCCAGCUCAGCCUGAAGAUCCACCAUUUGCAACCAUCCAGAUCUCAAGCAACGGGUCACUAGAAACCAGUACCAGUGAAACCUGCAUCAGUGGGGAAGUGAUCUCUCUCACCUGUGACAAUCGACCUUGUGGUAUUCAGGUCGUGACUAAUGAGUCGAAGGACAUGGACGAAUCAGCAAAGAGGAAACCAGGUGAGGUGUGGGUGGUCGGGGGGGUGGACGCUGUGAAGGGGGCGUGGCCAUGGAUUGUGUCUCUACAGUGGAGGGGUCGUCAUGUGUGCGGAGCCUCAGUACUCGGACGUGAUUGGCUCCUGACCGCUGCUCAUUGUGUCUAUGGGAAGAACCUCCACCUUCAGUCCUGGUCGGCUGUUUUCGGUCUUCACUCUCAAAGUGACGUGAACUCUUUGGAGGUUCAGACGAGACAAGUUGAUCGCAUCCGGAUCCACAGACAUUACAACAAAGAGACUAAGCAGGCAGACAUCGCUAUGAUGCACCUUCAGCAGCCAAUCAGCUUCUCUCGGUUCGUCCAGCCACUGUGUUUACCUGAUGAAGGUCAAGAGUUCACAGCUGGAACCAGAUGUUUGAUUGCAGGCUGGGGUCGAACCUCUGAGCAGGGUGAUCUCCCUGAUGUUCUCCAGGAGACAAAUGUUCCUCUGCUGGUCCAGGAUCAGUGUCAGCUUCAGUUACCUGAAUACAACAUCACCUCCAGCAUGCUGUGUGCCGGAUACCCAGGGGGGGGGGUAGACUCCUGUCAGGGCGACUCUGGAGGUCCUUUGAUAUGGGAGGACAACGGACACUGGACUCUGAUUGGGGUGAUAUCAUUUGGAGUCGGCUGUGGACGUCCUCAGAGACCAGGAGUCUACACACGAGUCUCUGCCUUCAGCUCCUGGAUCGCCCAGACUAGACGCUCCUCCUCUUCUUCCUCAUCUUCCUGUUGCUAAUCCUCAUCUUCAUCUUUCUCUUCUUUUCUUCCUCCUCCUUUAAGGAGAUGGAUAGAUUUUCAGGGUAAAGCUUUUAUUUAAAUUCACUAGAGGUAUUGAUGAUAAUAUUUAACAUAAUAAGUAUUUCAAAAAUUUAAAUCAUUUGUUGAAAGAAUAUUUGUAAUUUUGUAAAUUUAUAAAUUUAAAAGACUUUUAGAGAUGAUAUUAAAUUAUCUUUAGAAAGAAGACGUAUUAAUAGAAAUCAAAAUCAAUGCAGUAUCAUUAAAUUGUUACAUUAAGUAGUUUGUAUCCCAAUAAUAAUGAAUGAUCAUUUUAAAGCUGUAAAUAAAUUUGAUUGUAUAAAAUAAACAACAUUUAUUUUCUUAUUCCUAAUGGUCUUCCCCCAUCAAAGAGAGGUGAGGGAACUGAGUUCCAGUACAGGUUAAAGCU